AUGAAGUCUUUUGUCCCAGUCCUGGCGGCUCUCGCCGCCUUUUGCGACCUCACUUCGGCGCACUAUCGCUUCACGAGCCUCGUGGUCGGGGGCAGCAACACGGGCGAGUACGUCAACGUGCGGAGGAACACAAACUACAACAGCCCCGUCACCGACGUCUCGAGCAAAGACAUUGUUUGCAACGCCGGCGGCCUCUCUUCGGGCUCGGCGACCAAGAUCGCCACCGUCGCGGCCGGAUCGACUGUCGGCUUCGCCAUGGACCAGGCCAUCUACCACGACGGCCCCGUCACCGUCUGGCUCUCGCCCGCCGGGUCCAGCAACGUCACAAGCUAUGACGGCAGCGGUCCUUGGGCCAAGAUCUGGGAGCUCGGGGCACAGACGGGCAACGGGCAGAUCAAGUUCCCCGCCGCGAACCAGGCCGCGUUCAACUUCCAGAUCCCCUCGUGCACACCCCCGGGCGAGUACCUCCUCCGGAUCGAGCAGAUAGGGCUGCACUCGGCCAGCACCAAGGGCGGAGCCCAGUUCUACAUCUCGUGCGCGCAGAUCAAGGUGACGGGCUCCGGCAGCGGCCAGUUCUCCCCGACCGUCAAGUUUCCGGGCGUGUACACGGGCAACGAGCCGGGCAUCCUGAUCAACAUCUACUACCCUGUGCCGACGACGUACACCAUUCCAGGGGGGCCCGUCGCGAAGUGCUGA